AUGGCCGGCAUUGUCAAGGAGAUCCUGGCAAGGCCCAUCCAACUGGCCGACCAGGUGACCAAAAACGCCGAUUGCGCCCAAACCUUCAAGCAAGAAUGCAUCGAACUCAAAACCAAAACCGAAAAACUCGCCAUCCUCCUCCGCCAAGCCGCCCGCGCCAGCAACGAGCUUUACGAGCGUCCCACCCGCCGCAUCAUCGACGACACCGAGCAAGUUCUUGACAAGGCCUUCACCCUCGUCAUGAAAUGUCGUUCCAAUGGUAUAAUGAAACGUAUGUUCACCAUUAUCAACGCUGCCUCCUUCAAAAAAAUCUCUACCCAGCUCGAAAAUUCCAUCGGCGAUGUCUCUUGGCUUCUCCGCGUCUCCAUCCCCGCGGAGGAUCGCGACGAUGAAUACCUCGGCCUUCCUCCCAUCGCUUCUAAUGAACCCAUUUUGGGUCUCAUUUGGGAACAGGUCGCGAUUCUUCACACGGGUACUUUAGAAGAACGAUCCGACGCUGCCGCUUCUCUGGCAUCCUUAGCUCGAGACAACGAUCGUUACGGGAAAUUGAUUAUUGAAGAAGGCGGCGUUGUGCCGCUUCUGAAAUUGGCUAAGGAAGGGCGAAUGGAAGGUCAAGAAUACGCCGCGAGGGCCAUUGGGUUAUUGGGUCGAGACUCGGAGAGCGUGGAACAGAUUGUGAAUUGUGGGGUGUGCUCUGUUUUCGCGAAAAUCCUCAAAGAUGGGCAUAUGCAGGUUCAAUGCGUGGUGGCUUGGGCUGUCUCGGAAAUGGCGACUUACCAUCCCAAAUGUCAAGACCAUUUCGCUCAAAACAAUGUGAUUCGGCUUCUGGUUAGCCAUCUCGCCUUCGAGACCAUCCAAGAACAUAGCCGCUACACCAUUCCUUCCAAGCAAUCGAUUCAUUCGGUGUUGAUGGCUAAUACGAAUGGUUCCGAACAUGGUGAAGACGAGUAUAAACAAGUGAAUCACCCAACUGGGAAUCAAUUGCCUAGCCAAAUGCAUAAUGUAGUUACCGACACAUUGUUUAUGAAGAAUCCUGUAAAGGGUCAGUCCAAUACUCAUGAAUCACAAAACCCACAAAAGGGUAAUCAUCACAGCACUACGCGGCCGCACCACCACGCCGCACUGUCAGGGACUAGCAUAAAGGGUAGGGAAUACGAGGACCCUGCUACAAAGGCCCAAAUGAAAGCCAUGGCUGCUAGAUCUCUAUGGCAACUAUGCAAAGGGAAUGUUACCAUUUGCCGCAACAUAACAGAGUCGAGAGCUCUGUUAUGCUUUGCAGUUCUAUUAGAGACAGGUUCCGUGGAUGUCAAGUACUAUUCCGCCAUGGCAUUGAUGGAAAUCACCGCCGUCGCCGAGCAGAACGCCGAGCUUCGUCGAUCUGGGUUCAAACCCACCUCCCCUGCCGCCAAGGCCGUCGUGGAUCAGUUACUGAAAAUCGUUGAGAGAGCGAAUUGCGAGCUGCUGAUGCCGUCGAUCCAAGCGAUUGGGCACUUGGCUAGGACGUUCAGAGCCACGGAGACCAGGAUCAUCGGGCCGCUGGUGAAGCUGCUGGAUGAACGAGAAGCAGAGGUGUCAAUGGAGGCGGUGAUUGCACUGAACAAAUUCGCGUGUACAGACAACUUCCUACAUGAAAACCAUUGCAAAGCGAUCAUAGAAGCGGGUGGAACGAAGCAUCUAAUCCAGUUGGUGUAUUUUGGAGAACAAAUGGUUCAAAUUCCUUCGUUGAUUCUGCUGUGUUACAUAGCUUUACAUGUUCCUGAUAGUGAGACGCUAGCACAAGAAGAGGUACUGAUAGUGCUGGAAUGGUCUGCAAAACAGGCGCACUUAGUGGAAGAACCCACCAUAGAAGGUCUGCUGCCAGAAGCUAAGAGUAGGUUGGAACUUUAUCAGUCCAGAGGUUCGAGAGGAUUUCAUUGAUUUUUCUUCAUCUUCUUCAUCUUCUUCAUC